AUGGGCUAUUGGAUCCAGGGCAUCCUAGUGCUCGUUUUGGUAACCACUUGCUAUGAGAUAGAUACUCAAUUAAUAAGGGGCGUUGGACGACCGUGUUACUUGUUGGUGGCCGCGGAUGCGCUGUUGGUUCUGUAUACAGCGGGGAAUGGAAGCGGAGAAUAUGGCGCAACAAUGGGAUCUUUCCAAUGGUCUGUCUACAGUUUACUUACAAUGAUAAAGUUGAUGUUGCUGUACUUUGUGGUGUUUCCGAUCUUCUCGCCAACAAGCAGCGCCAUGGCAGACGAGUUGUCCAACAACAAUUUCUUUGUCGGAGCUUUGCUGGCGCUUGGCUUGCCGUACGUUUUGUGGAUGGCGCGAGCAAGUCACCAACUUUUUGGUUCAGCGGAUUAUGUUUUGGCGCAAGAGCCGUUGAUCUUUACGGACAUCAUUUGCCAUGUGACGAUGGAUCUUAUUGAUGCUUCGGUGGCCUUCACGUUUAUAUUUUCGUCUUCAAGCAUCAGGGCCAAGGAGAUUUGGAUUUUGGUGACGAAUGGAAUUGUUAUGGGACUGAUUUGGUUCCUACACAUAUAUUCGUUCCCAUCGACGACUAUCAACACGGCGCCCAGGGUGGGGGAUGUUACUGGGGACCAGCCCGGGUCGGACAUAUGGGCCCUCUCGGCGCCCGAGACCGUGCGGGGACGCAACCUAGGUGCAGACUCCGCGAGGACCGCGGGCCGACCCAACCCGAAGAACAUCAUGGCCACCACUCUACCGGGUCUGAACCAGACUCCAGCAAGCAGCGGGCUGCCUUCGCACCGGGGCACCCGCAACGGCACGGACGUUUUGCUCACUAGAAAAUGGGUCGCUCUCAUUUCAGUCUUCUUUGCGGAUGUCCCGUUGUUGGCGCUCCGCAUCUACUUGUGGAUUUGCUACCCGCUUGCCCCCGGCUUGCAGGCGAUGUUGCUCAAAAACAUCAUCAGCAUACCGCUUUCGGUCUUCCGGUUCGCCCAAUGUCGGCGAGCAGAAAAAGAGGAGCUGGUCCCGUCGGCCCCCAAGGCCGUGGUCGGAAGCGAUUCGGGUUCCUUAAUAGCGCGGUUAGACUCGGUGAGGACGUUGCCAGUGGAGCUGGCCUUCCGGCAGCUGCAGUCGACUUUGCUCCCGCCGAUCUACGGAGGCAACUCUAGAACCAAUGAGGAAAGCCGGAGAGAGCGGGCGACUGCCAAGAGCGACGGCAUGUUGAGUAUAUAUGCGCCUGAGCCCCCUUCGCGCUGGUUCGGUCUGGAGGACACGCGUGUGAUGGACCUGCGCGCAGUGGAGAGACGCGCUCUCGACAUGCCUGGCAUGGACUGGCGCGGAUUGGACAGCGGGACACACAGGCACGCCAAGGCGGGCUCGAUCUUCUUGCGGGUUCCCAGUCCCUCGAACCGCGAGCCGAACAUCGGCGAGUCAGCGCGCACGUCUUCGCGCACGAACGGGAAUGACUUGUGGGACGCGGGUCACGGAAGCCCUGGAGGGCUAGCGAGUGCCGGGCUGGCUAGCGCGGGUCGCGGGAGUGCGGGUCGGGGGAGCGUGGGUCGAGGAAGUGAGUUGGAUGAGAUCAUGGUGAACGACAGACUAAAUGAGUUGGGUGAGAAGCCUUCGUCGAAAGUGUUGUCGGACAUUGAACACGUGCGGACGAUCCCGAUCCGGAGUUACGGGUGUGCGCGGAUGCUGGUGAAGUUGAAGCAGAGUCUGUUUCUUGGUUCGUUGGCAAGCUACCGAAGUCGAAUCGCAACAGGCGGGAGUGUGACGCGGUUGCAGGCGACGCAGUUGUUAUUAUUGUUAUUAUUGGAUAUUGUGGCGCGGGUGGGUGUGGUGGUUUUGAUGUCGUUACCGCCGGAAGACUUGAGUGGUUAUGAAGUGUUGCUGGAUUACCUGUCUUCUGUGCCGCCGACUACGAUGGCCCGUUCCAUCGGCAGUGGGCGGUUGCAGAGUUUGUGGAUGGCGACCUACGCGUGUUCCGUGGCGCUGGUCUAUUGUGUGCUUUGUCUCGGACUUGCCAACAGCAGCUCCAUCCUCUGUGGCGCCGUCGUGCAGGGCGCACACGUGUGUGUCUGGUGGGCCUACCUGCGCGCAAUCGUUUGGGGUAGCGUCGUCGUCACGCACCGCGUGCCCACCGAGUACGGCUUCGUCAACGUGCGUCUCUACCGCUGGAUGGUCCGCGCCAGCAACCGCUGGACUGUCGUCUUUGCCUGCGUCGUCCCCCUCUGGCGCCUCCUCCGACUCCUCCGGCUCUUCUUUCUCACUCGCCACGGCCUCACCAGCAUCGCUCAAGGCGAACAACCUGACACCGACUUCUGGCCUGGCGACCUGAAGGGUACCGACUUGAAAGGUGCCGACCUGAAAGGUACCGCCCGGAAAGGUACCGACCUGAAAGGUACCGACCUCGCGAACGAUGUCGGAAUCCAAAGGGGAGCCGCGGAGACGCAGAGGGAGGAUGCUUACACUGUAUUCACGGCCGACGCACCGGCUGGGGACCAACUCCGAAAGAGGCCUUUGUCGACCGCCGCCGCGCCCGAGUGGAACCUCACUGCCCGGACUUUGCCGAGGACGGAAGACAAGGCCGAGGUCCGUGGCAAGGUGGGUGGCAAGGCCGGUGGCAGGGCCGGUGGCAAGGCCGAGGACGGGGGCGGAGGGUCGGGGGCGGAGGGUCGGUCGAGAAGGGCUGGCAAGAAGUAUAUGGAGCGCGAUUUCUUCCGGCUUGCGCAGUUGCCGGACACAGAUAUUAACAGUCUCCUGGGGGACUUUGCUAGCGGCGUUACGAACGACCAGUACGAGUCCGUGUACGAGGUGUACGAGCACAAGGGUUUCGUGCGGUACAGCACUGUGCUGUUGGUCUUUGUGUGCCGGCACCUGAAGUGUCCAUCUGCCUUCCAUAGACGGCUGGCCAGUAGUGACUUGGUCAAGUCGAUUCGUAUGUCGGAGUUCUGCUUCACCUCGGAUUACUUUCACCUGGUAACCAAGCUGGUGUGCGGCGGACUCGCCGUGGCUUUGCUCCGCGACCUGGCCACCUUCGUCACGGUGCUGACGUCAUUGAUCCUGGACUUCAUCUACUUAAACGCCUGCAACGCGCAACGACUGCUGGCCCUGCGGGCGUUCGAAUGCCAAGCGCUGUGCGUGGACCUGGUGAAGGAGUACCAGACUGCGGAUGAACAAACGCUGAAAAGACUUUUCUCCAACGAGCGGAUCGACGAGUUUCUGCACCCCCUUGACGACGAAGACUUCAUUGUCUGUUCUGAUCGGGUUGCAGCGCUCCGAAAGGAAGGCCUUUUUUCUUCACCUGGAGACCUUUAUCCCAUCACCAUCUGA